GGGACUCGGUGGACGUAUCCUCAUGUAUCAUCAUCAUCAUCCCAUGGACUGACUUGUUUGUUGUCGAGCAAGAUGGAGUUCCUUCUGGGAAAUCCUUAUAGUACCCCUGUGGGGCAUUGCAUUGAGAGAGCCACUGAUGGCUCUCUGCAGAGUGAAGACUGGACCCUCAACAUGGAAAUAUGUGACAUCAUCAAUGAAACAGAGGAUGGGCCAAAGGAUGCAAUCAGAGCAGUAAAGAAGAGGCUGAAUGGCAACAGGAACUAUAGGGAAGUGAUGCUGGCUUUAACGGUCCUGGAGACGUGUGUGAAGAACUGCGGCCAUCGUUUUCAUGCUUUGGUCACCAGCAGGGACUUUGUUGAUGGCGUCCUUGUUAAAAUCAUCUCCCCUAAAAACAAUCCGCCUACGAUCGUUCAAGAUAAAGUACUUGCUCUGAUUCAGGCAUGGGCUGAUGCAUUCAGGAGCAGUCCGGACCUUACAGGCGUGGUCCAAAUCUACGAGGAGCUAAAGAGGAAAGGCAUCGAGUUCCCUAUGUCAGACCUGGAGACCCUGUCUCCUAUACACACGCCUCAGCGGGUGGCAUCUGCUCCAGAGGGUGACGCUGCUCUUCACAAGUACAGCACCACUACUGUUCAGCCCACACCACAAGCUGUCCCACCAGCCUACCCCACCCCUCAGGUCCCCAACAUUCAUGCCUCUGGAUCCAUCAAUCCUACAUCUGAACAGAUUUGCCGGCUGCGCAGCGAGUUGGACAUUGUUCGCGGAAACACUAAAGUGAUGUCAGAGAUGUUGACCGAGAUGGUCCCGGGACAGGAGGAUACUUCAGACUACGAGUUACUACAGGAGUUGAACAGGACUUGUAGAGCCAUGCAGCAGAGGAUAGUGGAGCUCAUCUCCUGUGUUUCCAAUGAGGCGGUGACUGAGGAGCUGCUGCACGUCAACGAUGACCUCAAUAACAUUUUCCUACGCUACGAAAGGUACGAGCGGUUUAGGUCUGGGAGGUCCACAGCUCAGAGUGUUAACAAUGGGCUGAGACAGGUCCUGAGUGAGGCUACAGAGGACAACCUCAUAGAUCUCGGCCCCGGCUCUCCAGCGGUGGUCAGCAACAUGCCUAACGUAGCCCCGACCAGUUUGCCCCACACCAUCACAGCCCCUGCCGGAAGGCCCUCCUCCCCGGCCACCUUGGCAUCCCGCCUAGCUGGCCUUGACAUGGGUGCAGACAGUGUCAGCAGUACCUUGAGCUCUCUGCCCAGCUGUAAGCCUCCUCCUACCCAGGAUGACUUUGACGUGUUUGCUCAGACAAGGACCGGAGCUCUCUCCGAACCAUCACGCAAGACCUCGACAGCAAAAGACAGCAACAUCACCGGCGGCCUUCCUCCAACUCUGGAUGUCCUACCGCCAGCUGGUGGAGCGGGUGUCGGAGGCCAGUCCUCUGUCAUGGAUGACAUAGAGGAGUGGCUGUGUACUGAUGUGAAAGGAGACGAAGGUGAGGAAGGCGUGACAAGUGAAGAGUUCGACAAGUUCCUCGAGGAGAGAGCCAAAGCUGCAGAGAUGGUCCCCAGCCUACCAUCACCACCCAGUGGUGAACCAGGCGCUGCGCAGGGAACCCCAAGCCGCAAGAAGCCUGACAGGCCGGAGGACACUUUGCUCGCCAUGUAGAACCUCUCGCCUUUCCCCGUCAGAUCCCCAGCCUAAAAGCCGACCAGCCGAGCAUCAGCAGCAGCCGCAUCACCCAAGGACAGACUGACCUGACACUAAAACACACCCCACCUCCGUGCCGAUUCAUCACAACACUGUUCAGUUUCACACUACAGGCAAGGGAGUUAUUCACUUUCUCCGUUUAUUUCUCACAAGAAAGGAAGAAACCAAAACAAAAGUUUUGAUAUUGCCGCCAGACGAUGGAUCUCACCCAUGUGACAACCGGCGUCAGAGACUGUGAGGCAGCCUGCUUUUACCUUCUUCUUCUUCACAUGUGAAGAAUCUCCCUCCGCCUGUUGUGGACUGCAGAGCUUCAUGUUGCAGCUAAUCCUAAAAGAAUAUCAUGUAGAGUUUUAUAAAUCAGCAUCCUGCUGUUGUUGCCAUUAGUGGGAAAUCAAUUUCAUACCCGAGCCCUUAAAGCAUGCAGCAAACUUCAUUUAAGUUUCCACGAUUAAAGAAACCCCAACAGAAAACAUUAGCAUCGCUAUUGCGGGAACGCCCGUUAACAAGCCGAAGCACUGAGCAUACCUACGUACGAGGAUAUCGUUUUGGUGUUUUGUAUCAGUCCCUUUGCAAGUCAGUCUUGAGUUGUAAAAUCUGUAAAUGACAAAUGUCAAGUUUAUUAGUCGUGUGUAUAUUUAAGCUACAUAUGUAUGAAAGAGAUGUUGAUUUAAUGUAGAUUUGUUUGGGGGGCGGGGGAUAAAAAUGGAUUUAUCUUGCAGCUGCUGUGACAUUAGGGAUGUACCUCACCGGGGUUUUUCACAAGAAAAGGGAAUCGUUAUACAUCUGUUCAUUUACGGAUAAAAGAAGAAGAAGGGAGUUUAGUUUUUGUAAUUGGCAUAAUUGCGCACCACACCAACCAACGUGUUCUUCGACUUUCCUCUAAGUCACAUGUUGUGGAUUUGUCUUUGACAGACUUGACCGCGGUUGUUUGUUGACAUGAGAUUAUUUUGCUGAGAUGUUAUUAGCCUGAAGCUGCUGUCUGAACUUUUUCCGCAGUUUAGCUGGUUUUGAUUCCAUCAGCUGAAAAAUAUUGUCUAAUUAUUGUUUAUGUAAUCAUUUAUUUGCUGAUAUUUUGUGUCAUGUAUGGGGAGGGGGUGUUAUUGUUGUGUUAUUUCCCAGUCAGAGUUGGUCUCACUGGUAGCUGAAGAGAUGCUGUUUUUGGAGCCGAUUGUACUGUAUAAUUCCUGAUCUGAAUCCUUUUCACAGGACCAAAUCUGUGCUUUCUUCCGGAUGUGGGGAGAAAAAAAGAUUCUGGAUAAUUGGCUCGCUCACACAUAGUCCGGUCCUCCUUUAAAAAUCUGCAGCUUAAUAUCCAAGGAUGUGAUGAAAAUUCAAGGCACUACAGAAGCUGUUUGAACAUCGCCGUCGUGCGUUUCUCCUUUUUAUUUCUUUAUGCUGACAUCUUAAAAGGCCUGACCUUUCAACGUGACAUUUGUUUUCAGAAAUGAGCCGGCCAGCAGACGCGUCGCUACAAAUGAGACAUUUCACUCCCUCGACAAUAACCGAAUGCAACAUGUUAAACAAUCACAACAAGCUUAAAACAAGCGCGCACUUUGACAGUCGCAUUACCUUUCGACUUGUACUGUAAAUCACUUAACACUUAACCUGAUGUAAUUAAUGAGAACUGUUGGGGGGGAAAAAUAUUUGAGUGUAGAAAUAAUUUAUUCAGCACCGUUUGUCUUUGUUUUUCUUCAAAUCAGUAUUUUAAAACAUUUUAUUGUACGGGAGAAAAAUGGGAAAUUAACUGUUUAGGGACAAAUUGUCAUUGUCUUUUUUUGUGUUUUAGUUUUUUGGGCUUUUGUUUAUGGAGUUCAUCAUUUCAUUUUUAUACAUUGCUGCUGGCUAAUUCAUUACGGUCACGUUCAUGUGGAUAUUCUGUGGAACGUGCCCGUACAGUAAAAGAAAAAUAUGGACACAGUUUAUAAAAGCAGUCCAUCACUGAUUCAUAGAGAAUGAUUUAUCUCAUGAAGGAUACAUAUUUUUUAAGAGCUUCACUCCUAGUUUUAUGGACUGACACAUGACAUCAACGGAUAUAAUUAACUUAGGUUGGACGCUACCGACAAAGCAUCAACAUUGCACAUUUUGAAAGGGAAACCUCCUUUCUCCUUUUUUGUUUUCUUGUUUUGGUGUUCGACGUGUGUUUGUGUGUGUCAGCUGUUCUGUAACGCAGAAACAUUUGAUCUCGGUCGAUUUGGGGGGGAAAAAAAACAACAAAAAAAGAUGUUUAAAAGAAUACAUGUUACUUUCCUGUUUGAUACUGCCCAGGGUCAGCCUGGUUUAUCGGUGUGUGCUCUGUCAGUGAUUUGUAACUGAACCUCAGUGUAGAGUCAUCUCAGACCUGUUUUUUUUUUUCUUUUUUUUUUUUGCAACAAUACGUUUCUUUGUGCGUCUCUCUGGAUGAUAUGAAAAGAGAUGCUGAUAAGGGAGGCUGUGCUGUGUGACUGCUACUUUCCUGAGUUGCCUCAUCUCUCGUUUCUCUUUGUGUUGUUUGACUUAUGCAUGAACUCUAAUAAAACACUAGCAGUGUGUCCGCAA